AUGGUGGAAGUUCAGUCAUAUUUGGGGCAAUGCGCUGCUAGUUUGAACAAGGACGCCAAAAUUGUUUCUCCUAUUGCUGGACUCGACUACGGGCUAGCCAGAAUGGCCACCGCUGAGAAGAAUAGAAAUCUAAAAGCUAUUCGUCUUGGUCUCAUUGAUAAUAAGGAGAAUGACGAUCCACAAGUUGCUGCAGCCAAACCUCCCCCGAGAAAGGUAUCGCUGCCUUCUUGUCCCCUUCCAAAGGAUGGGAUGGAGUACACUCGCCUUGAGUUCUUGCAAAUCAUUACUGCUUACCCCAGUCGAUCUGAUGCUCGCUCCAGCAUCAUGAAUGAGGCCGUGGAAAAGAAAUGGGUCCCGGUUCAGCCACCAGCAAUUCGGAAAGCAAUUCGGAAAUUCAAUGAUCAUCUGAGCUCGGGUGGAACGAUUAAUACGUUUCCUGAUCAUCCUUGGUUUGCGGCCAAAGGUGGCAGACCUUUGCUUGAUAUGAGUGAUGUAUUCAAUGUUUCUACUGGUUUAUCCACCAAUCAUGGCAGUUCCCUUGGAUACGAGCAAAUUGAAUCUGUCAUUACUACAACAACAAAGAAGAAACUGGAAACAAAUGGCAUAUCUGUUCUACGAAAUGAGGCUGUUUCUCCCUGUCGAAAUACAGUGUCCAACUAUGGUGGAGCUUUAGCUUUGCUUUCUGGUACCAGUUGUACUGCUUCCAAGGUUACCAACAAAACUCCCACCAGAGAAACGGCCGAGAACUCACUCCGUUCCAGUCAAGCAUUUGCUGCUGCUGUUGGCACCUCUCACUACAUGCCUACAGAGAUCGAGUAUCCAGAGUAUGCUCCACAAGGGUGGCCCUCUGUUGCCGGUUAA